UUUCUUCUCUCCUUUUCUUCCCUUUUUCAUCACUUCCUUUUCCUUUUCCCCUUUUCUCUCUUCCUCUUCUUAAUCCCCAUGGAUACUCCUCCUUGGCCACAGUUUGCAGGUGGUGGAGUGGUUGUUAAACAAAUGGAAGGAGGUGAGUCGUCGAGUUCUUCAAAGGCUGGUAAUAUUAAUAUUAAUAAUGUUAAUAUUAAUAUUAAUAAUAAUAACAAUAAUGGUAAUUUGUUGGAGAGAAAGGCAAGGCCUCAAAAGGAGCAAGCUUUGAACUGUCCAAGGUGUAAUUCGACCAACACAAAAUUCUGUUACUACAACAAUUACAGCCUGUCUCAGCCGAGGUAUUUUUGUAAGUCUUGUCGGAGGUAUUGGACGGAAGGUGGCUCUUUAAGGAAUGUUCCAGUGGGUGGCGGCUCAAGGAAGAACAAAAGAUCUUCACUUUCAGCACCAGUUGAUAAGAAGAUCAACGGCUCUGAUCAAAACCCUAAAAUGAUCCACCAUGCUCAUCAGGAUCUCAAUCUUGCAAUCUUCCCUCCAAAUAAUAAUAACCCUAUUUCUUCUUCUUCUUCUACUACUUCUUCUUCUCACCUUUUCGGUUCUUUCAUGGCGCCGCCGCCGCCGCCGGCUGCGGCGGCCGGAGUCUUCAAUGGCGCUGGUGGGUUUGGAUUUAAUGAGCUGAAACCAUCAAGCUUAAGUUUUUCCCUGGAUGGGUUUGAGAGUGGCGGUGGGUAUGGGAAUCAUCAUCAUCAUCAAGAUCAUCAAGAUCAUCAAGAUCAGACGGCUGUUAUGUUUCCAAUUCAAGAUUUGAAGCAAAGUAAUGGGAGUGAUGAAUUUGAACAGAAUAGAGGAGGAGGUCGGCAUGGAGGGGAUAAUUCAAGUGGUGGAUUUUGGAAUGGGAUGUUGGGUGGUGGAUCAUGGUAAAAUUUCAUUCUUUUACUGUUGUUUUUUUUUUACUUUAAAUAGAUAUGUCACUAAAAAAAGAUGAAGAAAAAUGGUGUG